CUGCCUCUCUCUCUCUCCCCCCCCUUUGUCUACGCUUUCAACAUAUAACGAUGGCCAGGACUUGUGCGAAGAAGAUGCUGCAACUCAGCCAAAGAACAUAUGCUGUUCUAGCGUCCACUGGGGGGAAGACUACGAAGCUUCCAGAGAGGUUGUCCCCAUGCAAACUGGUUGAACCGCAAGAGCAGACGAAGCAAGUGUACUGGAUGAGAGACCCCAUCACUGGCUACUGGAAGCCGGAAGACCAUUUCAAUGAGACUGAUCCAGCGGAGCUAAGAGCAAAGCUUAUUCCCCCGCUAAGAGCAAAGCUUAUUCCCAAGAAAGACUGAACA